AUGAGCAGUCAUUAAAAAAUUAAUCACUUCCCAGGAAUGUAUACACUUGCUAGAAAAAAUGAUUUGGCUAAAAAUUUAAAAAAAAUGAAAAAAUAAUUUCCAGAUUAAUAUGAUUUUUUUCCUUAAACAUGGCUAUUACCAGCUGAUUAUAAUGAACUAAGAAUUGAAUUUGAAAAAAUUUCCAAAGGAAAAUGUAAAACUUUUAUUGUUAAACCUGAAGCUAGUUGUUAAGGAAGAGGGAUAUUUUUAACAAGAACUUUAGAUGAUUUAAAUUACAAUGAUCAUUAUGUAGUUUAAAGAUAUUUACAUAAACCCUUACUUAUAGAUGGCUUAAAGUUUGAUUUUAGAAUUUACGUAUUACUUGCAGGCACAGAUCCAUUAAGAAUAUAUAUAUUUAAAGAAGGCUUGGCAAGGUUAUCAACAGAAAAAUAUGAACCUCCAAAUAGGGAAAAUUUAGACAAUUUAUGUAUGCAUUUAACUAAUUAUGCAAUAAACAAAGAUAAUCCAAACUUUUAAUUUAACGAAGAUGAAAAUCAUAUGGAUAUAGGAAAUAAAAGAUCCAUGACAUCUGUUAUGUUAUUACUUUAAUAAUAAGGUCAUGAUAUAUUUAAAUUGUGGGAAUAAAUAAAAGUUAUUAUUACAAAAACUAUUGUUAGUGCUUAGCCUACUUUAAGUCAUCAUUAUAAAUCUUGUUAACCCGAUAAUUAUAUGAACAAUAUGUGUUUUGAAAUUCUUGGAUUUGAUAUUUUUCUUGAUGCCAAUUUAAAACCUUAUUUAUUAGAAAUUAACCAUACACCGAGCUUUACAACUGAUACUCCUUUAGACUCUUUAAUAAAAAGAAAUUGUAUAAAGGAUGCUUUGAUUUUAAUGAAUAUAAGUCAGAAAACUCGAAACUUGAUUAUUUAGUAAAGAAAAGAAUAAUUAUAAAAAAGAGUUAUUACCGGUAAGAAAGUUAAGCUUACUUUAGAAGAAAAAAUAUAGGAAUAAAAAAAAGCAUAAUUAAAAAGAGAUGAAUAUGAAAAUAAACAUUUAGGUAAUUAUGAAAAAGUAUAUCCUCUAAAUGUAAACAUAUAUUUUAAUAAAUUUAUUUUUUAAAUAUAAUUAUAUAUUCUUUUAGGAAGGCGUUGA